UGUAACAGAUAACCUGAGUUCAGGUUCCCAUAAACAAAGCCUAUCUGGUUUCAUUCAUCCUGCACUGAGAAGGUUUCAAGAGGUUAAAAGCAAGAACUUCUUUCUUUAUGCCACUUAAAAAUCCAGCAUGGCUCUGAAACUCAUUUUGCAGUCUUUCCAAAAUAGAUGAAUACAGAAGAUCAUGUGUAAAGAUUGGAAAUGUCAAGGGGUUAUUUACUUAGGUCAUUAUCUGACAUUAACUUACAGAGUCAACUUGAUUAAUCUCUCUCUUUACACCUUAAAUUUGAAUUGCAAGAGUAUCUUAAGACAGGGAAACUGAUUUAUUGGGAGUUCGAAACUACUAACAGAAAGAAUAACUCUCUUUACAAAAAGCAGAUCCAUUUUCUCAAUGGCUGCAGCUCAUGGAUUACUUUAUUUGUGGAUUGUCUUCAAUUUAUCCUUGCUCUUGGCCUCUGCUCAAGUAGAUGACCAGUUCAUCUAUCAUGGUUUCAACAUCUCGAAACUGCAACUGGGUGGCUUGGCAAAGAUUCUUCCCAAUGGUCUAUUGCAGCUCACAAACACUUCUGAGCUUAAAAGCGGCUAUGCUUUCUACCCUUCUCCUUUCAAAUUCAACUCAUCUUCUUCUCAAACCAUUUCGUUUUCAACAACUCUUGUGUUUUCCAUUGUUUCAGAAGCAGAUUUCGGAGGCAAUGGCUUGGCUUUUUUCAUCGCACCAUCUAUGAACUUUACUAGCGCUGUUGCAGGUGCAUAUUUAGGACUCUUUAGUCUUAAAAACAAUGGCCUGCCUACAAACCACAUCUUGGCAGUUGAGCUUGAUACUGUACAAAGCCCUGAAUUUUAUGACAUAGAUGGAAACCAUGUUGGAAUUGAUGUGAACAGCCUCAUCUCUCUUCAAUCUGCUACAGCUACUUUUUUUUCCGAUAAAGAAGAAAGAAAUGAGACUUUGGCGCUAGAAAGUGGAAAACUAAUACAGAUUUGGAUAGACUAUAAUGGAACAGAAAAAUUACUGAAUGUAUCAAUAGCUCCACUAAAAGUUCCAAAACCAAAGAGGCCUCUGCUGUCAACACUUAUCGAUCUCUCUGAAGUUCUACUGGAGUCUAUGUAUGUUGGUGUCUCUGCAGCAACUGGUACGCGAAUAAGUGAUCACUAUAUUCUUGGAUGGAGCUUCAACAAAAGUGGACCAGCACAGACCCUUGAUAUUUCAAAGCUUCCUCCACCUCCUCCGCUUCCUCCACCUGUGAAAACAUUUGAGGGCCUAGAUCGAACUGCUACUGUUUUGCUGCUGGCAUUAGCGGUUGUGCUGAUAACAGUUGGUGGAGCUGUUUACUUUGUGAGGAAGAAGAAAUAUGAGGAGGUAUAUGAGGACUGGGAAAAAGAAUAUGGUCCCCAUAGGAUCUCCUAUAAGAAACUCCACAAAGCAACCAAAGGUUUCAAAGAGAAAGAGGUUAUUGGACAAGGAGGUUUCGGAAAGGUGUACAGAGGUGUCCUUCCUUCAAAUGUAGAAGUUGCAGUCAAGAGAAUCAACCAUAACUCAAACGAAGGGAUGAAGCAGUUUUUGGCUGAGAUUAUGAGCAUGAGAAAGCUAAGGCACAGGAAUUUGGUGCAACUCCGGGGCUAUUGCAGGCGGAAGGGAGAAGUUCUAUUGGCCUACGAUUGUAUGCCUAAUGGAAGCCUUGACAAAAUCUUAUACGGUGAUAUGAAACCAAACCUUAAUUGGUUUCAGAGGUUCCGGAUUCUCAGAGGAGUAGCUUCCGGCCUUCUUUAUCUCCAUGAAGAGUGGGAACAAGUUGUUCUGCAUCGAGACAUAAAAGCUGCCAAUGUUCUUUUAGAUGCCGAUCUGAAUGGAAAGCUAGGAGAUUUUGGGCUUGCUAGAUUAUAUGAUCAUGGUAGUGACCCACAAACCACUAGCCUGGUAGGAACUGUUGGUUAUCUGGCUCCAGAGUUUCUUAAGACUGGAAAGGCAACAACUAGCACUGAUGUAUUUGCUUUUGGAGCUUUUAUGCUUGAGGUAGCAUGUGGAAGGAGGCCUAUGGAACCUGGAAUGGUAGAUUUGGCUGAUUGGGUCAUUGAUUGCUGGAAAAAAGGAGCAAUUCUUGAUGUUUGUGACGCUAGAUUGGAAGGCAUAUAUGUGGAAGAGCAAAUGGAGUUGGUUCUUAAACUAGGCCUCUUUUGUUCACACUCUAACCCAGAAGCUAGGCCUAGCAUGAAGCAGGUGACACAGUAUCUGGAUUGGCAAGCAAAAUUGCCAAGUAUAACACCAAAUAGCAUUGUGAUAGGCACAACAGCAGUGAAGAAUGUAGCUCUUAACAUUGUGUCAUUAGAUUGAUUGCCUGGAACUAGUUCUUCCCUUUGCUUGUCUAGUGUUGAUUCAAUCCUUGUAGUGGGCCGCUGAAUCAAGACUUUCAUGCAAUAGCUGCAUCCUUAGGACAUAAAAUGUUUGGAAGGUGAAGAGAAAAUGCAGAUAUUAUGAUGUACUAUGUCUCUGUACCUUGUGAAAUAGUAAAACUGACACUACUUGUAGCAUAAUUGACUUGUUAUUCGGUAAGUGUUUCUGUGCUUGCUGGCAAAUUCACAUGGAUUCUGUUUUA